ACUUCCCAGGCUUUUAGGGGCAGAGGCGCUCGUGAAUAAUUCAGCCGCCUUCUCCGAGAUGAAAACACCCUAAUAGAACUAAUGGACUCCCGGUCUCGGAACUCGGCUCUUGUGGGACCCAGCUCAUUCACCAAUUGCUUCUGACAUUCAGCAGCGACACUCCCCAAAUGCAAACACUGCUGCGCCAGGAUUUUAGAGUGCCUGGUGAACCCUAAUAACUUAGACUGUCCCUUUUAAUGAGCAGACGCCCAGGACAGCAGCAGCGGCUCCAGGGCUAGGCGGUACCAUGUUGUCCAUGACGUACAGCGAGAGCCUGAGGAGCGUGAGCAGCAGGUGCCACUCCGACUGGGCCCUGCACCCCGUCCGCCAGACGGACACACUGGAGCUGCAGCGCCUGCGAGAGGUGCGCGCGGCCGCCCAGGCCAGGAAUAUGGAGAGCUUCCUCCGCAUGCAUGGACUCUCCCUGGACAGCUGCACCGCCCGGCGCACGGGCAUGAAGUAUCGGAAUCUGGGCAAGUCUGGCCUGCGCGUCUCCUGCCUGGGGCUCGGAACAUGGGUGACCUUUGGGGGCCAGAUCACCGAUGAGAUGGCAGAGCAGCUGAUGACCUUGGCCUACGACAAUGGCAUCAACCUCUUCGAUACGGCAGAGGUCUACGCUGCGGGCAAGGCUGAAGUGGUUUUAGGAAACAUUAUUAAGAAGAAGGGCUGGAGACGAUCCAGCCUCGUCAUCACAACCAAAAUCUUCUGGGGUGGAAAGGCAGAGACAGAGCGAGGCCUGUCCAGGAAGCACAUCAUUGAAGGUCUGAAAGCCUCCCUGGAGCGGCUGCAGCUGGAGUAUGUGGACGUGGUGUUUGCUAACCGCCCAGACCCCAACACGCCCAUGGAAGGGGACCCAUUUAGUUCCUCCAAGUCCAGGACAUUCAUCAUAGAAGAGACCGUGCGUGCCAUGACUCACGUCAUCAACCAGGGGAUGGCCAUGUACUGGGGCACAUCGCGCUGGAGCUCCAUGGAAAUCAUGGAGGCCUACUCAGUAGCCCGGCAGUUCAACCUGAUCCCACCCAUCUGUGAGCAGGCCGAGUACCACAUGUUCCAGCGCGAGAAGGUGGAAGUGCAGCUGCCAGAGCUGUUCCACAAGAUAGGAGUAGGCGCCAUGACCUGGUCCCCUCUAGCCUGUGGCAUCGUUUCUGGAAAGUAUGACAGUGGCAUCCCACCCUACUCAAGAGCCUCCUUGAAGGGCUACCAGUGGCUGAAGGACAAGAUUCUGAGUGAGGAGGGCCGGCGCCAACAGGCCAAGCUAAAGGAGCUGCAAGCCAUUGCUGAGCGUCUAGGCUGCACCCUCCCCCAGCUGGCCAUAGCCUGGUGCCUGAGGAAUGAAGGAGUCAGCUCUGUGCUCCUGGGAGCUUCCAACGCAGACCAGCUGAUGGAGAACAUUGGAGCAAUACAGGUCCUUCCAAAAUUGUCGUCUUCCAUUAUCCACGAGAUCGAUAGUAUUUUGGGCAAUAAACCCUACAGCAAAAAGGACUACCGAUCCUAAGAAGCCCCCACCCCAGCCAUCCCAACAGCCUCCUUUCCCUCCUAGUCUCUGGUCCGCUCGCUCGCUUAAGCUGUUUUGAAGCAAAGUGAAGAGUGUGGUUUGCACCCAAAAGA